ACUGUUCCCCUCGACGAGACAUAUGCGGAGACUGUCAACUAUCACGGCCGAGUCUUCCAGCAGCAUGCCUUGGACAGCAAGAUAUAUUAUGCGCCGAUCGAUGAUGAAGAAAUAGCGCGAUUGGGGAACAUGCACACUAUGCUUCGCACGGUUUUCGACAACAGAUUGAUAUUUCCUCCCGUUGUCAGGCCGCAGAGGAUCCUCGAGUGCGGAUUUGGGGCAGCACACUGGGCCGUCGAUGUUGCUGAACACUAUCCAGAUGCAGAGGUUGUUGGUUUAGAUAUCAGUCCGCACAUGAUUCCCGAGGAGAUGCCCCACAAUCUCGACCUUCAAGUUGAUGAUCUGAAUGGAGAGUUCACGUUUCCCUCCAACUAUUUCAAUGUCGUUCACAGCCAGAUGAUGGCUGGAGGGAUCCACGCGACCCGUUGGCCAAGCUAUUUGCAAGACAUGUACCGCGUUCUGCUGCCAGGUGGUUGGUGUCAACUUGUUGAGAUAUAUUUCAAUGCUCAGUCAGACAAUGGAACUCUGUCACCAGAUCACGCACUUUCGAGAUGGUCUCGCGGAUACCUCGACGCCCUACAUCCUCAAAAGGACCCACGGGCAGCUCUUCGCCUCAAAGAUUGGAUGAGAAACGCCGGCUUCACUGACAUAGAGUCGCGCCUUUUGACUCUGCCAAUGUGUCCCUGGCCAACCGAUCCCCGUGAUCAUGCGAUUGGUGCCCUAAACGUCAGCAAUGUCAGUCAACUGCUUUAUUCGAUGGGCCUGUAUCCCUUCACGCAUAUUCGAGGUAUGCCUCUGGAGGACUUCCAGCUCCUGGUAGCUCAAGCUAGAAGCGAGGCCACCAAUUCGUCGUAUAGGGUG